AUGGUGGAACAAUCUUGUCAGCAGUCGCACCCCUUUUCUGAUAGUCAAGUGCAUUACUGCCGGCCCCCUCAUCGCCAGGUGGGCGGCGGCUGCGCGACGCGCGAGGUGGUGCGGGGCGGCGGCGCGUCAGGCAUCGACUGGCUGGACGAGGGCGGGCCAGAGGUGGCGGCCGCGCCGGCGCUGGCGGCCGCGGUGGGCACGGGGGUGGUGUCAGACGUGAACCGCGAGAGCAGGGCCGCGGCAGAGGGGGUCAAGGCUGACGACGGUGGCGGAGACGCGGGGCCUGGGCCGGGCAGCAGCGGGAGCGGGAGCGGCGACGAGGCGGGAGAGCGGAGCGCUGGCAGGGGGGAGCGAGCUGGCCGCAAUGAGGAGGAGGGCGAGGGGGAGGAGGAGGAGGAGGAGGAGGAGGAGGAGGAGGAAGAAGCGGCCGCGGAGGGUGUCAGCAGCGGUGUGGCUCUGCCGCGGCGUCGCUUGCAUGGCGGGGGCCGGGGCGGGACCGAGAGGCCUGAGGGAGGUGGCGGUGGUGUGCUGGCAGUCGGGGCGGGCGGUUCUUUUGACGAGCUGGAGGAUGACCUGUCAGAGUGA